GAAUAUCUCACCAUUAAAGAGGAAGGGGUAAGAAGGGACUUUGAAAGUCUUAAGAAACAUGGGCUUCCCUUUAGACUUUUGCAUCCACCAUGGGAUCCCUCCUUAGAAGUUAACAAGAAUGAUGGAGAAAUGUCCUAAGACAAGUUGCCCGGGCUUAGCUUCUACCUGGUAUCAUCUACUCCUAUAAUUUUCAACCUACCUUUGCUUACUUGGAUACAAGCAGAAGUGAGGACAUGGCUGGUGGUAAGGAAUCCUUGUUACAACACUUUUUGGUCUGGCUUUUUGCCUCCCAGGGGGUUAACUGCCUGCUUCUCAAUGGUGUUCAGCCUCCAUUUUGGGCAAGCCUGAUCCUCUGGCCAAUGCACUGGUAGAACAGAAUGGGUAAGUAUCUCAAGCCCUCAUGGAAAUGAGAUACAAACUGCAGUCAACAAAAACAUUCACUAAUGGACCCAGUGGAUUCCUCUUUCUGUACAAUAGAGACUCUGAAAAGUCACAGCAAGAGAAGAUUCUCACAUCGGUCUUUGUCACAAAUAGCCUUUACACUCGGAAUCACACAUGCUCCCAUGUCCAUAUUCAUGUAUUUAUUCAGUAAUCCUUAUCAAGCCCCUAUCAGGUGCCAGGCAUGGUUAUAGGUGUUGGGAAUAUCAAGAUGAAUAGGACAAAGUCCUUUUUCUGAAGGCACUUGCAAUCUACUGAGAGAACUUAUGGUUCAGCUUGGCAUUUCCCAAAGUGGGUUUCAGGAAAUGCUAAUCCUGGGAGAUACUCAGCAAAAGUAAACAGAAUCCAGGAUGUUAUGAUGAAAUAAGUCUGGGGGAUUUGGAGAUUAUAGACUCUGCAGAGUCCUGCAGUAAAGACAGCUAUAAUUCACUUUUUAUAAUGAAACAUUUCACAAAGUUGUUUGACCACAGAGCCUCUUUUUGUCUUUUUACCUUAUACCAUCGAGUGGAAUUAGUGCUUCAUGGAAUACAGUUUGGAAAACUCUGACCUCUUGCCCAUAAGGCAUAAAACAUGGAAGAAUAUCUCACCAUUACAGAGGAAAGGGUAAGAAGGGACUUUGAAAGUCUAAGAAUCAUGGGCUUCUCUUCAGACUUUUGCUGAGGUAUGAGUAGGAAGUCUGAUGUCCUCAUCACUUAACAUUUGCUGAGAUGUUGAAAGGGCCAUGAGAUGAUGGCACAUCCAUGUUCCUACGAGAAAGGUUCUUGCCAGCACUAAUCAAUUUGGGCUAUGGAGAAAACUCAUUUCUUGUAUUCCAGGUGCUUGUAGUAAUGUGAGUGGUCUUGGAUCAUUUGGCAAACUGAGGUGUGAAUCUCAUUUGUUAGUACGCCUGAUGAUGUGGCAGUCUGGGGGAGUGAGAAGAGCUGUGACUUGACUUCUCAGCUAGAUGUAUUAUGUCAGAUACAGUUAUCAUCAGUCUACAGAGAAUAUUUGAGCAUGCUUCUAAUCCCUGGGACAUUGAGUCUAGGGUCUAAUCGCUCCCCUCUCCCACCUCUUUUUUCCCCUCCCCCUCCUCUCACAGAGGCUUCUCUAAUCCCUUGCGAUUAUUUGUUUGAGCUGCCCCCUGCAUUGUCACUGUUUCUACCUGAUUGAUAUUUUAUUAGAUCAUCAUCGACUACCAAACAUUUGACUACAAUGUAAAGUAAGAAUUGUGGUCCAAUUUGUGGUCAAAAUUACUCUUGUGUUUGUCAGUUCUGGUAGAGCCCAGUCACUGUGACCCUGAUUUGCACAACCUGAAAGUGGUCUGUCUGUUUACACUGGGGCUAUAUCACAUAGAGUCAGCACACGGGUUUGAGCUGUUCAUUGACCCCUUUUGUUGUUUGUGGGACCUACUUUAUUCCUGCCUUUGCUAAAUAUUGUUCUUGUUGUCACGCACCAUGGUUUUUCCCUUGGCCCUAGCAUUGUGUGCCUCCUCUCUCUGCCCGGACUUGUUUCAGACAGGAUGACUGCAGUGACAAUGGAUGAGGAAUGAAAUCAGCUGCUCCUUUAAAGGACAUCUUGCCUAGGUGGAUUUUGGGAAACCAUAGUUUCAUAGAAGAAGAUCAUAAUCUUCUCAGCCCCCACUGAAUAUCUACCGAAUUCAUCUUUGAUACAGAUUUCUUGGAGUGGAUAGUACACAGUCAUUAAUGAAGCCUGCCCUGGAGCAGAGUGGAAUAUCAUGUGUCGAGAGUGCUGUGAAUAUGAUCAGAUUGAGUGCGUCUGCCCCGGAAAGAAGGAAGUCGUGGGUUAUACCAUCCCUUGCUGCAGGAAUGAGGAGAAUGAGUGUGACUCCUGCCUGAUCCACCCAGGUUGUACCAUCUUUGAAAACUGCAAGAGCUGCCGAAAUGGCUCAUGGGGGGGUACCUUGGAUGACUUCUAUGUGAAGGGGUUCUACUGUGCAGAGUGCCGAGCAGGCUGGUACGGAGGAGACUGCAUGCGAUGCGGCCAGGUUCUGCGAGCCCCAAAGGGUCAGAUUUUGUUGGAAAGCUAUCCCCUAAAUGCUCACUGCGAAUGGACCAUUCAUGCUAAACCUGGGUUUGUCAUCCAACUAAGGUUUGUCAUGUUGAGUCUGGAGUUUGACUACAUGUGCCAGUAUGACUAUGUUGAGGUUCGUGACGGAGACAACCGUGAUGGCCAGAUCAUCAAGCGUGUCUGUGGCAACGAGCGGCCAGCUCCUAUCCAGAGCACGGGAUCCUCACUCCACGUCCUCUUCCAUUCCGAUGGCUCCAAGAAUUUUGAUGGCUUCCAUGCCAUUUUUGAGGAGAUCACAGCAUGCUCCUCAUCCCCUUGUUUCCAUGACGGCACCUGUGUCCUUGACAAGGCUGGAUCUUAUAAGUGUGCCUGCUUGGCAGGCUAUACUGGGCAGCGCUGUGAAAAUCUUCUGGAGGCUGGGAAGUCCAACAUCAAGGCGUCAGAAGAUUCGUUGUCUGUCCUUGAAGAAAGAAACUGCUCAGACCCUGGGGGCCCAGUCAAUGGGUACCAGAGAAUAACAGGGGGCCCUGGGCUUAUCAAUGGACGCCAUGCUAAAAUUGGCACCGUUGUGUCUUUCUUUUGUAACAACUCCUAUGUUCUUAGUGGCAAUGAGAAAAGAACUUGCCAGCAGAAUGGAGAGUGGUCAGGGAAACAGCCCAUCUGCAUAAAAGCCUGCCGAGAACCAAAGAUUUCAGACCUGGUGAGAAGGAGAGUUCUUCCAAUGCAAGUUCAGUCAAGGGAGACACCAUUACACCAGCUAUACUCAGCAGCCUUCAGCAAGCAGAAACUGCAGAGCGCCCCUACCAAGAAGCCAGCCCUUCCCUUUGGAGAUCUGCCCAUGGGAUACCAACAUCUGCAUACCCAGCUCCAGUAUGAGUGCAUCUCACCCUUCUACCGCCGCCUGGGCAGCAGCCGGAGGACAUGUCUGAGGACUGGGAAGUGGAGUGGGCGGGCACCAUCCUGCAUCCCUAUCUGUGGGAAAAUUGAGAACAUCACUGCUCCGAAGACCCAAGGGUUGCGCUGGCCGUGGCAGGCGGCCAUCUAUAGGAGGACCAGCGGGGUGCAUGAUGGCAGCCUACACAAGGGAGCGUGGUUCCUAGUCUGCAGCGGUGCCCUGGUGAAUGAGCGCACCGUGGUGGUGGCUGCCCACUGUGUUACUGACCUGGGGAAGGUCACCAUGAUCAAGACAGCAGACCUGAAAGUUGUUUUGGGGAAAUUCUACCGGGAUGAUGACCGGGAUGAGAAGACCAUCCAGAGCCUACGGAUUUCUGCUAUCAUUCUGCAUCCUAACUAUGACCCCAUCCUGCUUGAUGCUGACAUCGCCAUCCUGAAGCUCCUAGACAAGGCCCGUAUCAGCACCCGAGUCCAGCCCAUCUGCCUCGCUGCCCGUCGGGAUCUCAGCACUUCCUUCCAGGAGUCCCACAUCACUGUGGCUGGCUGGAAUGUCCUGGCAGACGUGAGGAGCCCUGGCUUCAAGAACGACACACUGCGCUCUGGGGUGGUCAGCGUGGUGGACUCGCUGCUGUGUGAGGAGCAGCAUGAGGACCAUGGCAUCCCGGUGAGUGUUACUGAUAACAUGUUCUGUGCCAGCUGGGACCCCGCUGCCCCUUCUGAUAUCUGCACUGCAGAGACAGGAGGCAUCGCGGCUGUGUCCUUCCCGGGACGAGCAUCUCCUGAGCCACGCUGGCAUCUGAUGGGACUGGUCAGCUGGAGCUAUGAUAAAACAUGCAGCCACAGGCUCUCCACUGCCUUCACCAAGGUGUUGCCUUUUAAAGACUGGAUUGAAAGAAACAUGAAAUGAACCAUGCUCAUGCACUCCUUGAGAGGUGUUUCUGUAUAUCCAUCUGUACAUGUGUCAUUGCGUGAAGCAGUGUGGGCCUGAAGUGUGAUUUGGCCUGUGAACUUGGCUGUGCCAGGGCUUCUGACUUCAGGGACAAAAUUCAGCGAAGGGUGAGUAGAUCUCCAUUGCUGGUAGGCUGAUGCCACCUCCACUACUAGGACAGCCAAUUGGAAGAUGCCAGGGCUUGCAAGAAGUAAGUUUCUUCAAAGAAGACCGUAUACAAAACCUGUCCACUCCACUGACCUGGUGGCCUUCCCCAACUUUCAGUUACACGAAUGCCAUCAACUUGACCAGGGAAGAUCUGGGCUUCAUGAGGCCCCUUUUGAGGCUCUCAAGUUCUAGAGAGCUGCCUGUGGGACAGCCCAGGGCAGCAGAGCUGGGAUGUGGUGCAUGCCUUUGUGUACAUGGCUGCAGUACAGUCUGGCCCUUUUCCUUCCCCAUCUCUUGUACACAUUUUAAUAAAAUAAGGGUUGGCUUCUGAACUACAAAA